UAUUGGUCCCUCCCUCCCUCCACCAAAGAUAAAACUCUUCCCCACUAAAAAUCUCUCUGUUUUUUUCCCUACUUUCUUCACCAUUUUUCCUCUCAAAUUUCUCCCAAAAUAAUAAAACCAAAAUGAUACACACAAAAUCAGAAUCAGAUUUAACAAGUUUAGCACCAUCAUCACCUUCAAGAUCACCAAAAAGACCAAUUUAUUUUGUGCAAAGUCCAUCAAGAGACUCACAUGAUGGAGAUAAAUCUACUUCAUUACAUGCUACUCCUAUGUACAAUAAUAGUCCUAUGGAGUCCCCUUCACACCCUUCAAUGGGCCGCCAUUCGAGGAACUCGUCCGGUAGCCGGUUUUCCGGUGUUUUCCGGUCAUCCUCCGGUCGGAAAGGUAGUCGGAGAAGGAAUGAGAAAGGGUGGCCUGAAUGUAAUGUGAUACUUGAAGAAGGUAACUAUGAUGGUGUUAAUGAGAAAGGGUUUUCAAGAAGGAUUCAAGCUUUGAUUGGGUUGCUUAGCUUUGUGAUGUUGUUUACUUUGUUUUGUUUGAUCAUUUGGGGAGCUAGUAAACCUUUUAAAACUCAAGUCACUUUGAAGAGUUUGGUAGUGCACAACUUCUAUGUAUCGGAAGCUACAGAUUUUUCAGGUGUACCAACAAGAGUUAUGACAUUUAAUGGGUCACUCAAGUUACGUAUUCACAAUCCUGCUACAUUUUUCGGCAUUCAUGUUAGCUCAACCCCUAUCGCUCUUCUUUACUCGGAGAUUACAGUUGCUACUGGUCAGUUACAGAGACACUAUCAACCAAGAAAGAGUCGCAGCACAACUUCAGUAAUAGUAUACGGAGACAAAGUCCCGUUGUACGGAGCUGGUUCGAGCUUAGACGUCUCGAACGAGCGUAACGGCCAAGUUCCGUUCAUUCUACAAAUGGAGAUCCGUUCUCGAGGCGAUGUCGUAGGGAAGCUAGUGAGAACGAGGCAUCGUAUGCACGCGUUCUGUAACGUGACAGUCGACUACCUUAACACCAAACCUAUCAAGUUCAGGAAGGAUACUUGCUUAUAUUCUUGAUCAUUAAUUGUUUGAUUUUUAGCUAAUUUGUUUAAGAGUUUUCAUUGUUUUGUUUUGGGAAGUGUUUGUAGUGAUACUUGUAGAUAUCUUGUGUAUUCUAAAGCUGUAUUUUGCAUUCUUUUUUGUUUUGUUUUUGUUUUUAUGAAUGGUAUAUGAAUCAUGGAUAAAGAGGGUCUUCUAAACACAAUGGGGGAUCAUGGCUUCUCCGACAGAAAAUUUCGUAGUGUAUUUCCAGUUCUACCCCCCAAAUUUGAGUAUAAUGGUACAAAUUAGUCUCA